GGUAUGUCGGGUAGUGCCCUGCCUUACCGUCGUUCUGUCCCAUCAUGGCAAAAAAUGACAGCUGAAGAUCUCAAAAAUCAAAUAUACAAGCUUGCACGCAAAGGACUAACACCUUCACAAAUCGGUGUUAUUCUUCGUGAUAGCCAUAGUAUACCACAGGUGCGUUGGGUAACUGGAAACAAGAUUCUUCGCAUUUUAAAGUCAAAGGGUCUCGCUCCUGUAAUCCCUGAUGACCUUUAUCAACUUGUCAAGAAAGCCGUCGCCAUGCGUAAGCACUUGGAACGCAACCGAAAGGACAAGGACAGCAAAUUUAGGCUAAUUCUUGUGGAAAGCCGCAUUCAUCGCCUUGCU